CACAGCGGAAAGAAUCAAAUGGAAGUAGCCUCCAUUUCCACAGAUGAAGGGACAUUAUCAGCAUCACAGAAUCACCUCAAUUUCACCUCUUUAGGGUUCCUCUUCUAUUAUGAUCCCAACUCCUGCGUUCCAUCUGCAGCAAAUCCAUCAAUACCCAUCCUAUUCUCCCUCAACCUCUGUGAGGUUUUAGGCCUGGAUUUGGAGUCUCUGAAGAUUUUGCUGAAGUGGGGGGUCUUUCUUGGGGCGAUGUUUUGUGGUUUUUUGGUUUUCUGGUGCAAGAGGGUGCUUGCGGUGGAGGAAGUGGUGAAUGCAAGGUACGGAGUGAUUGAGCAGUGGGCAUUGUUGUUGAGGAAUGCGUGGCCUAAGGUUUCAACGUUCCCUCUAUUUGUCUCAGAGCCAUUCUAUGGUACAAUUUGCUUAUACAAUAGGGAGAGAAGAGAAAAAUUGUCAGAAGAUUUCUAUUUUAGCAUUCUACCAACUGAAAUGCAGGAUACUAAUAAAGUAUCUUCAGAACCUCAUGGACUUUUCUAUUUAGAUGCUCCGUCAGCAUUUGUGUGUCUACUAAUCCAAUUAGAGAAGCCUGCAACAGAAGUGACUCCUUCUGUUUAUUCACGUAAAGAACCUUUCCAGGCAUUUGACUUUCAGACAACUUUGAGAAACGAACCAUUCUUGCAGCUUUUCCAUUCUGUAUAUGUAUAUCCUUUAACUGUGAGCUUGAGUUGGAAAAGGAAUCUAUUCGUAAGAGUUGAGCUAAGAAAGGAUGAUGCAGAUGUUCGUAGACAACCUUUAGAGGCAAUGUAUCCAAGGGAACCUGGUUUAUCACUUCAGAAGUGGGCUCACAUGCAAGUUGCUGUUGGUGCUGGGGUGGCCUGCCAGCAUGAUGAAAUUAAAGUUUCUCUCCCUGCUGUUUGGACACCAUUGCAUCACCUUAUAUUCACUUUCUUCCAUGUUGAUCUUCAAUGAAAUUAGAAGCUCCAAAACCAGUGAGUUUAAUGAGAUCCUUUGUUCUUUUCCUUCCAUUUGAAAUAAUAAAAAAUCAUCUGAACCUCGUUUUAGUGGUUGUGUACUCAUUGGUUAGUGAUUUGGCCUGUUUCGCACUCCUCUCAUUCUAUCUUUUAUUGCAAUCCUAAGAAGUUCUGUUCUUUUACUUGGCAGGUAGUAAUUGGAUAUGCAGCACUUCCAUUUUCCACCCAUGCACAGUAUGCAACUGCCUUUAUGUUUGUCAUCUUUUGUUUUGUUUCUUUCCUUGAUGAUUUAUUAACUUACAUUAUUUGUUCUGCUACUGGAGUGAUUGGUAUGGUAGUUCAUGGUAUUGGAAAUAAACAGGGGGCAGAAAU